AUGCUGAUGCUGGGACACAGUCAGAACCGAGCUGUCACCAAAGGGGACAGCACAGUAAAGCACGGGCCCUCCACAUACAAGGACCCAGGAGCCCAUCUCUGCAAGGACUUGCUGUGUGACCUGGGACUGGGGGUCAUAGGGUCCCCCACAGGCCCGGCCCAGUGGGGGCUCAGAGGCUGGCAGAGCCUCGUGGCCGUGAGUCCCCGAGCCCACAGAGCUGUGGCCGUGUCUGUCCGCUCGCAGCCGGCAGCGGAGGGCUCCCGGCCCCACCCGCACAGCAGGCCCUCCGGAAGCACUUGUUCUGUGACGGGCAACAAGAUGCUGCUAACUUCACAAGAGGAAGCAGACACGGAACAGGACAGUGGGCAGCGGCUUCCUCACCAGGGGUGGGCCGGCACUGCUCUGUCCACCCGCAUCGGUGGACACCCGCCCGGAUCGGGCUCCAUCAUGCCCCCGGGGUCCCCCGAAGGCGUCCCAGUGGCAUCCUGCUACCCUGAUCUCCCCACACGGGAGCCGGGACUUCAGAGUGAUGGGAGCCCGGAACCAGCAGAGGGAUCAGAGCACAUGCCAGCGAAGGCCAGCAAGGCCCUGGCGGGGCUGAGUACCCACCCUCCCAAGGGACCAGCAUCUCACACCCCGGAGAAGCCUGUUUCCCGGCAGCCCCACCAGGCCAGCAGCAUGUUAUGGGUGGGGAAACUGAGGCUCCAAUAUGCUACCGCCUCACCCAAGGCGGCAGCUGGCCGGCGGCUGAUGAAGCAGGUGAUCUGCAACCCUGGCAUCUCAGCCCCAGGGGAGGCACAGAGCCGGGACCUGGGGGCGGGGGCCAAGGUGCGCAGACCGGUCCUCUGGAAACGGCACCUGGAACCCCCACGAAGCCGCCGGUGGACCGUCCCGCGCGGGACGCCCCUGAGGGGCAGCCGCAGCCCCGGGCCCAGGGAAGCCCGAGCUGCGCUCACCCCCGACGGCGCGGCGGGCCUCGCGUCCGCGCUCGGAGCGCCAGUGGACACACACGGUCACCGGGAGCCCGGGCGGAGGCAGCUCUGCUCCUCCGGUGACCAACUUGGUUCUUGCCGCUCGUCCAACCCGCUCCGCGCGAACCGCACUCACCCCGGGAAGCUCGGCCCCGUGCCCGGCGAGCGGCUGCGGCGGCGGCGCUUUACCCCGCGGGGCGGGGCGGGCCUACCGCGCACGGCUCCGCGCACGUGGGCUCGGGGCCGCCCCGGACCCGCCCGCCAGGGGCCGCGCGCCGCUCGCCCCCGCCAAUCCCCCGAGUCCCGCGGGCCGGGGCGCUUCUACGUCCCCAGGGAGGGGCGGCGGGGCCCGGGGAACCGGUACUCACCGUGGGCAGCUCGGCCCGGGCGGUGGCCGGGCGGUGUUGCCUUACCCCGCGGGGCGGGGCGGGACUGUCGGGCGUGCGGCCCGGGGGCGGAGCCGCCGCACACCUGGCUCCGCGCACGUGGGCUCGGGGCCGCUCCGGACCCGCCCGCCACGGGCUGCGGCCGCUGCUGCGCCUUCCGUGCCCUGCGGCCCAGGCGCUUCCGUGUCUUCGCAGAGGGCGGAGCGGCGGGGCCCGGGCGGCGGGCGGCGGCCCAGCACCGGGAUGGAAGCGCGGCAGAGGCUGGCCGCAGCGCCCCGGAGCCCGUGAACUCCCAACUGCGCGCCUUUCCCACGCUCUUUCCCUGGAGCGGAGGUCCUGGUGUCUGA